AUGGCAGCAACUAUUGACCUGACACAUGAAGGUACAGUUUUGGUGGCUAUGGAGUCAACAGCAUGUGAUCCUCAUCACACUGUGUUCCCAGAACUUUCUGGCUUUUCUUCCAUCACUUCACAGAAUGAGUCUGUAGAUGGAUGUGAACAGCAGCUUCGAGUUUUCCUCAGAGUUCGUCCUUUCAGUAAGGAGGAGCUUAACAACAAAGAAGAUCAGGGUUGUAUAGUGUUUGAGAAUGAAGAAACUGCUAUACUUCAUGCCCCUAAAGGCUCAGCAACUAUGAAGUGCAGUGAAAAAGGUAUUGGGCAGCAGGUGCACAAAUUCAGCUUCACUAAGAUUUUUGGACCAGAGUCCACUCAGGCAGAGUUCUUUGAUGGAACGAUCAGAUCGCAAGUUCAGGACUUUUUGCAUGGCAAAAAUGCACUGGUAUUCAGCUAUGGAGUAACCAAUGCUGGGAAGACGUAUACCAUGCAAGGCUCUUCAAAAGACCCUGGUAUUUUGCCACGUGCCCUUGACAUGGUGUUCAGAUGCCUCAAUGGACGGCUGUAUGAACAAAUGGACCUGAAGCCAUACCUGAACUUGGAUGUACAAAAACUGGACUCCGAUCAGGUCCGAAUGGAGAAAUCUGCCAAGACUGCACUCUUCAAUAUGCUGAAAGAGGACUCUGAGUCCACCAGAACCAUCAGGAGGCGGAGCUCCUCCUCUUCUGUCAACAGUCUCUCUUUCUCUGGAGUCUCUUAUGAUCAGACAGUGGACAGUGCAGAGGGUGCUGUUGAUGUACAGUGUGUCUACUCACUAUGGGUUGCUUACUAUGAGAUCUACAAUGAGCAAGUGUAUGACCUGCUGCAGCCUGUGCUCUCCAACAAGACAAAGAGACGUGCUGCGCUGCGUUUGUGCGAGGACAGUGCUGGAAAUUCUUACGUUAGAGAUCUGAGGUGGGUUAAUAUACAAAGUGUAGAAGAGGCAGCUAAAGUUCUACGUGUAGGGAACAAGAAUCGCAGUGCUGCCGCCACCAAAAUGAACCAGUCUUCUAGUAGAAGCCACAGCAUCUUUUCAAUCAAGUUGAUUAGCAUUGAUGAAGCUGAUGUCCACGGAAUAUCAGAGUUUUCUCUGUGUGACCUAGCUGGUUCAGAGAGAUGCAACAAGGCAAAAACGUUUGGUGAGCGCCUGAAGGAGGCUGGAAACAUCAACAAUUCCCUGCUGAUUCUAGGAAAGUGCAUUGCAGGGCUCCGCAACAACCAAGGUGACAGGGCAAAGAACAACUACAUUCCAUUUCGUGAAAGCAAGCUGACCCGCCUCUUCCAGGGGGUGUUUUGUGGUCGUGGUAGAGCCUCCAUGAUUGUGAACAUCAAUCAGUGUGCUUCAACUUAUGAUGAGACUCUCCAUGUCAUGAAAUUCUCUGCUGUGGCCAAAGAGGUGGUUCAGGUGAUCCAACCUCGCUCGCUUGAGGUUCUAACGCCACGCCUGAUUGGCCGAGAUGGGAAGCCUUUGCUAAACAAUGAGGUGCUUGAUGGCCAGGUGGUAAAUGACUACUUGACCGAGGAGGAGCUCUUGGAUGGUGGUGAUGAGGCAGAUGUGUCAAUAUUACCCCAGGAGGAACUGUUGAAUUUGGUGGAGGGUCUUCGGACAAAGCUGUUGGCUGAGCGCAAGAAAAAUCUUCUGCAGGAGAUUCAGAUCCGCAGAGAGAUGGGUGAUGCCAUGAUGCAGCAAAUCAUGGAGAUUGAAGAACUUCACAGUCGUCAGAUGGCAGAUCUGAAGGAGGGUUACGAGGAGAAAAUGGACAACACGUUUGAGAUGUAUAAAGAAGCACUGAAGGAGCAUGCCUACCAGUGUGCCUUGGAGCGUCUAGAAGAAGAAUACGUCCCUCUAGAGGAAUUCACCGCUGAGCAGGACCGGGCCAAGGAGCUUGAGAGGCGUGUGAAUGAAUUGGAACAGAAGCAGCAUGGUUCUGUGUUGGUUCCUCAGCAGGAAAACUCAACACAAACUGAUCUGAUGCAAUCAAGCACAGAGGAGACUGAUUCUGAGCGGUUCAAGCUUCUAUACAAGGAGAAAUGUGCUGUCGAGCAGGUGUGCGCAGAAAAACAAGAGUUGAUUGUAUCGCUUGAGAAACGGAUCAAUGAGUUGAAUGAAACUCUACAGGAAGCUGGAGAUACCUACAUGGAAAAACUUGCUGAAGUUCAAAAUUUACAGAAUAGGCUCAAAUAUCAGGAGCGAGAAACUGAGCAUCUACAGAAUGAGCUCACUGAAAGAGAGCUGGAGCUGCAAGGUGUGAAGGAGGAUUUGGUGAAGCUAACCCAUGACUCUAUAGGACGAUCUCGCCAGAAGCGGGGACUGCUGGUGAACAUCAAAGAAUCCAUAUCCUCGCCAUCCUCAGGAAAUCUCUGUCGCACCAUUAGAAAAUCAGUCCGCACUACGGCGUCCUUGAGGAAAAAGCCUAAUUGAUCAAGUGUACUAUAUGUAUGGUUAAGUAGGUGUUGACUUUUAUU